GAAGAUUAAAACAAGACAAUGGAUUGGGGAGCCCUGCAUACCAUUUUAGGAGGCGUAAAUAAGCACUCCACCAGCAUAGGGAAGAUAUGGCUCACAGUCAUGUUCAUAUUCCGUCUCAUGAUCCUGGUUGUGGCUGCAGAGAGAGUCUGGGGAGAUGAACAAGAUGACUUUAUCUGCAACACUCUGCAACCUGGUUGCAAGAAUGUUUGCUAUGAUCACUUUUUCCCCAUCUCUCACAUCAGACUCUGGGCCCUGCAGCUGAUCUUUGUUUCUACCCCUGCACUGCUGGUGGCCAUGCAUGUAGCUUACAGGAGGCAUGAGAAGAAAAGGCAGUUCAGAAAGGGAGACCAGAAAUGCGAAUACAAGGACAUUGAAGAAAUCAGAAAACAGAGGUUUCAUAUUGAGGGCUCCUUGUGGUGGACCUACACCAGCAGCAUCUUCUUCAGACUAGUCUUUGAAGCAGUCUUCAUGUAUGCAUUUUAUUUCAUGUAUGAUGGGUUCCGAAUGCCUCGCUUAAUGAAGUGUAAUGCUUGGCCCUGCCCCAACACAGUAGACUGCUUUGUUUCUCGACCUACUGAAAAGACAGUGUUUACUAUUUUCAUGAUUGCUGUGUCCAGUAUUUGCAUUCUUUUAAAUGUGGCUGAAUUAUGUUACUUACUGACAAAAUUUUUCCUCAGAAGGUCUAAAAAAGCUGGAAAUCCAAAACAUCAUCCCAACCAUGAGAAUAAGGAAGAAACCAAACAAAAUGAAAUGAAUGAGUUAAUAUCUGAUAGCUGUCAGAACACAGUAAUAGGAUUUUCAAGUAGCUAAGGUGGUGUCAGUGAUAGUGUUCACUUUUUUGGAGUGAAUGUUCUUUGUCUAAAGGCUGCAAAUUAAAUUUGUUAUAUGAAACAAUUUAAGUUGGGAAAGAUUUUGAUAUGUAGUGUCAGGUGUCAAUUAUGCGUGUCUGAAAAAAGUCAGGGCAGCCUAAAACAUGUGAAAAUUGUGUGAGGAUUAAGUAGGAAAGUGUAUCUUCCUAUGAGUACCCUUACAAGCUGACUAUGACAAGUGGGAAGCCCACUGAUACCUUCAUGCUGACACAGCUUCUGACAACUACAUGCAACAGCAAUAAGAACAAAAUUAUUUCCAAGCUAGGUAUUGUAGUAUUACAA